CUGCGAGCCAAGAGUGUGUGUACGAGCGAGAGCGUGCUCACACUGACAGAGRAGGUGGAGGAGUGAAGAGUAGGCAUGCAAGUGAGAGUCAGGAGGAGUGACGGGAGAGACGGGAAGGGACGCCAGGUGCACGGCUGACUUAUACACCCCAUCAUAAACACACAUAUUACAGAACAUAUAGUGAAGCAUGUGUGCGUGAGUGUGUGUGUGUGUGUGUGUGUGUGUGCCUCGCUCAGAGAAACAGAGCGGGAUCUCUGAGGAUACACGGAUGAGAAAGAAGAGUGGGGGAGCCAAGGAAGAGGAGCCCGAGUGGUGCAUCGCCCCGGGGGGAGCUCACACACACCGCAGACAGCGCACACACUCCAGCGGGCAUUCGGCGCUGUUUCCCUGACAACUAGAAUGGGCUGCAAUUUGUGCACCUUGCAGAAACGGGAGGAACAUUACAAACUGCUCUAUGAGAUCGCACAGGUGAACGGACGAGACUUCUCCAAGGCUGAACACAAUGAGGCAGUGGUGGAGGCCAUCAGGCGGGACCCCAUYGUCGUCCAGGUUCUCAGACGAACACCCACCAGAGCCACGGCCACUGCUGUGCACAAGAACAGCAGCUCGCCGCAAGAUGUGUGUGUGGUUGAUGGUUGCACUCAAACAGACAUCACUUUUGAGCACAUCAUGGCACUGGCCAAGCUUCGGCCCACCACCCCACCAGUACCAGACAUCUGUCCGUUCCUGCUCUCUGACAGCUGUCAAUCCAUCCACACUAUGGAACACGAGUUUUAUGAAUGUCCAGAGUAUCUGUCCAACACCCAAGCAGAAAUGGAGAAGACUGAAGAGUAUGAGUUUGAGGAAGUGGAGCUCUGCAGACAAAACACCCAGGAAAAACUUGGCCUGACGCUGUGCUAUCGAACGGACGAUGAGGAGGAUACUGGCAUUUAUGUCAGCCAGGUUGAGCCGAACAGCAUAGCAGCGCUGGAUGGACGCAUCAAGGAAGGAGAUCGCAUUCUGCAGAUAAAUGGCUGUGAAGUGCAAGACCGAGAGAAAGCUGUUGCCUUGUUGUCAAGUGAAGACGCAAGGAGCAUCACACUGCUGGUGACAAGGCCAGAAAUCCAGCUGCUGGAGGAGGACGAGGCCGCAUGGCUGGACGAUGAGCAACAGGAGCUUGUUGAGGAGCUGAAGAUGGAUGUACUAGAAGAGAGAAGGAAGGAAUGGGAACAAAGCUUUCAGAGGCCAGAAGAGCUUCAAGGUGAAGAAGACAUGACCACAGACACUGCUACCUGUUCCUCCAACAAUCAAGACAGUGGGUUUGGGAGAAGUACGGACAGUCCAGAGCACCARCCAUUGUUGGCCAGACUUUACAGGAGGAGCCCAGCCCAAUGCCUGAGGGACCGAUGGCGGUCAGAACAUCCGCACACAAAGCGGAGGGUUAUUGUGCCACAGGAAACCCAGGGUACAAGAACACAUUCUUCAAGUCAAGGCAAUGAAGGCAUAGUGAAUAUUCGUAAUGCUGGAUGUGGGGUUCUAGGUUUAGAGAACUGUUUCCAGCAACUCUUAGAGCUCAAGUGCCAAAUUCGGAAUGGGGGCGAAUGUGGGGUGUACUCCAUUCGCCACAGCAUAGAAUGUAGUCUCACUGAGAAAGGUGGAGKGGACAGAGAUGAUGAAGAGGGAGCAGAAGGAGGGGUGGAGCAAGAUUUGAGAAUGCUAAAUGAAGAGCUGCGUAGUAUUGAGUUAGAAUGUCAGAGCAUCAUGCAAGCCCACCAGCUCUGCCGGUCCCACCAGCUAGACAACUCAGAACCUGCACCAUGCUCCCCGGGAAUGAGCCCUAAAGAUGGACACAGGCRUCAUGGCCGAUUGGCUGAUAUCCACGAACACCCGGAAAGAUCGGACAGUGAUAAAAUCCGCGAGAAGGACAGCUCCAGUGCCUACAACACAGCAGAGAGUGCUCGAUCAACGCCGCUMGGCAUGGAGAGGUCUCCUGACCACUCUUUGCAGAGACACAUUAGCCUCACCAACCAAAAAAACCUCAGAAUGGCCUCUUCUGUCCCUUCUAACCCCAUACCCAUACCCCAAGAUUCAGCUAGAUGUUGCAGACCAGCAGACCCGGGUCCAGUUAUCUCGAGCAGCCCAGACCAGAGUAAUCCUUCCAGAUCUGAAUCGGAUCCAGCCCUUCCAGCAGACGAUGAAAGGUAUGAAAAAAAGGGAAGGACUAGAGACUCAAGAAGAGGGCUCCCCUAUGGUUCUUCAUAUCAAACAUCCACCUAUCAUGGUCAAGGAGGAUCCAAACAGCUUCAGAGUUACAUGCAGCUUCUACAACAGCACUCAUCACUGGAGUAUUCUCAGAGCCAGCUGAGUCUCCUCAGUGUGUGUCGAGAUCCAGUGCAUCGCAGUGGACGUGGUGGGGAACCUCGUCUGGAGUGGAAAGUCAAAGUUCGUGCUGACGGGACACGGUACGUUGCACGAAGACCUGCUCGUGACCGCAUACUGAGAGAGCGGGCGCUGCGGAUCAGGGAGGAGAGGAGCGGAGGAAUGACCACAGAUGACGACGCCAUGAGUGAGAUGAAGAUGGGUCGCUACUGGAGCAAAGAGGAGAGGAAGCAGCAUUUGGCACGRGCCAGAGAGCAAAGAAAGAGAAGGGAAUUCAUGCAAAAGAGUCGUCUUGAAUGUCUGAGGGAAGGACCAGUGAGUGGAGCUGAGGGCAAGAAGGAGAUCAAUAUCUUAGAGCUUAGUCACAAAAAGAUGAUGAAAAAACGAAAUAAGAAGAUUCUGGACAACUGGAUGACCAUCCAAGAGUUGAUGAGCCACGGGGCGAGAGUCCCAGAGGGGUCUAAAGUACAUAAUGCCUUUCUUUCUGUCACUACUGUGUAAAGGGCAGCUUUAAAUGCUCAGUACUGAACUCAUAUAUCAGGUGCACCUUUGUUGGGUUUUCAAAAUUGUCAGUUUGUGAAAAUAAAUACAAAUGUACAAAGGUGAGGACUUCGGUAGUAUUCCCAAAGCAACUUUGUAUUUACCAUUUACGAAUGUUCAACCAUUCCCAAGCUACUCAAAAAUGCAACUCAACUCAUUUUAGACUGGUUUUGUUGGUGAUUAAAGGGCACCUUGUAGCAUGUUGGUUCAGAUUCAUACAAAAUGAAAGCACCAACACAAAAACCUUUGCAGACUAUUUAUCAUUUCUCAGUAUUUGUUGGUCAAUUGUUUUAUUUGCCUCAUUCAAGUUGGCACUUUUUUAAAUGCAGAAAUAACUAUUUUUUACACUUUGUAAUUUCAAUAACCUUUUGUAAGUACAUUUUUACGCUGAAUGUCAAUGUACUGUAAAGGACUUUUAAYAAUUUCCUAUUUAUAUUUGAAUCACAGAGCUGUUAAGGUGAGACUAUUUGAUUGUAUCAUAGCUCAUGCUGUAUAACGGACCAGCAACAGGGACAUAAGGAAUUUCAAAAAUUGCUGGACUUUCCAUAUAAAGACAUUUUUUGGGGGUAAAUAUCACUGGAGUCAAACAUGUCUAACAUAUGUAUAGCAUUCAGUUUAAAGCAUAUAUCAGUUUACCAUCCAAAAGGCUUUGUUUUGAUAGGCUCAGAGGGCUUUUUGAAACAGUUUUACCUCAACAUACAGCCAAACUCUGACAUAAUGAUUUGACUUCUUUGGUAAUGAUACCAGUGACUAAACCUAUGUUGACUUUGAAGCUUAUCUGUGAAAUGUCUUACAACGGAAAUUCAUUUUUCUAUUUAUAUUGUUUACUACAAUUGUAUUUAUUGUAAAUUUAAUUUAUGGUCCUUUUGAAUUAUUACGUGGCUGUCUUAUGGAAGGCAAAAUUUUUCAAGGUUCUGUGAAGACCGUUUCUCUCCCAUUUGCAGACUUUCAACAUGAAACUACUGCUUUUUAUUGUAAAUUUUAGUAAGGAGGCUUUGGCUUCAAUAUUUGUUGAUGGUAAUAUUUGUAAUAAAAGAAAAUUAAGAAAUGCAAYGGAAAA